CUUCAUCCACCACUGCAGUGCACCCACCCUUGGUUUGGGGGGAGGGAGUGGGUUGAAAAACUGCUCAAGAACACAGAAGUUUAGGAAGGGUCAUGAAGAAUACUGCAAAUGACACUGCAGAGAAGGGGUUACACAGGCAGAAAACGAGUCAAAAAAAGCACUUAGUCAUGACAUGUAACUUGAAAUUGACUCCUUUGGAAAUUGCCAUAGAACCUUUAAUGGACAUCACCGGCUGGAACUGGGAUCUCAUGAAUCCCACAAAAAUCAGCAUGUGCUACCGAACAGAUGCCAUGAUCACCAAGGACUUGGUACUGAUUUAGAGAGAAGAGAGCAGCUCCUAGCAGCAUCAACAUCUAUUUGUCGCUUAUUUGCCCUGCAGCAAAUUCACCUGUCUUUCCUUCUCCCAUCCUUUUUCCGGAUAUGCCGCAAAAGGAUCUGUGCCAGAAACAAGCCUGUGAAAUACAGAAAUGUUUACAAGCCAACAACUACAUGGAAUCAAAGUGUCAGGCUGUCAUCCAAGAACUGCGUAAGUGUUGUGCUCGAUACCCCAAGGGAAGAUCUCUUGUCUGUUCAGGAUUUGAGAAAGAAGAAGAAAACCUGACAUUCAAGUCUGGAUCAAAGUAAAGUUCUGCCAAGAAGCUAAAUGCUGUUCCAUGUUUUCACCAAGCAUGUUUUAUUUAUACUCUGACUUUCUUCAGGCCAGGUAGCAGUGAAGAGCAAAUUAAAACGCCAACUAUAAGAGUUAAUGCAUAUACCACCAAUGCAGGAGAUAAAUAUAUUAAAAGACAUAGAAUGUAAUAAAAAUUGAGCUGCUAAAAUAAAC